GCACCACUACACUCUUGCCGAACAUACAAUCGCGUCGCCGAUGGAUGCCAAAUAAGCGAGGAUUCUACUAUGGCCAAAUCACUAUCAGUACUCCUGGCGCAAGCCUCCAUUGAGGACCACGACGAGACCUUGCGAGCCGCCAAUGCCGAGAUCAAGAAGAACAAGAAUGAUGUAGACGCUCAGCACGCCAAGGCGAUCGCCUUGCUGCAUCUGGACGACUUCGAGGGCGCGCUCAAGGUGUUCGAGGACGUGAAGGAGCUGCAGCAAAAGGCGCAAUUCGAAUAUGCAUACACAUUGUACAAGACUGGCGAUGCGACGAAAGCUGUACAGAUUGCACAAGCGUCAAGCGCGAAAUCUGAUCGCAAAACACAACACAUUCUUGCUCAGGCUGCUUACCGGUCAGAGAACUUCGCGCAGGCAGCAAAAGUGUACAAGGAACUAGCGAAUCACCCCGUCGACCACGAAGCAUUCGAUAUCAACAUCAACUCUGGCGCAGUAGACGCUCAAUUGGAAUGGACUGGACAGGGCGAGCUAGCGCAGAAGAAGAAACCCACCAGAGAAGACCUUGAGGCGUUCGAGACAGCUUUCAACGCUGCAUGUGGGAGCAUAUCGCGCGGCGAACUGGCACAGGGAGAAGUGUGCCUGAAGAGGGCCAAGGAUCUUUGCAAUGCGGUUGAAGACUUCAGCGAGGAGGAGAAGAAGGCCGAGAUACUGCCCAUCACUGUGCAGCAGGUCUAUGUGCUCACACAGAUGGGCAAGAUUGACGAGGCUGAGCAGCUGGCGACCACCAUUCCGUUCGCUGACAUCAAGGAUCUGUCCGUCCGUUACAUCGCCCAAGUCAACAGCAUCGCCGCGUCGAAGGAGCAUUCGAACCCAUACCUGUCACACCGUCUAUUCCACUCGUCGCCGAAGCCGCCGGUCACGAACCAGCACUUCUCUUUCCAAGCGAACAUCCUACAGCAAGACGAAUACGUUAUCUCGCUCCUCUCGCAGAAGACGGCCGGUGUUGCAUCAUCUACAGAGAAGGUUAUCGAGGCAUCGCCAUCUCCGUCUUUGUCGCCGGCUGUCAACAUGGCUGGUGUUAUCAAUGCUGCAGCUCACACACGAAGUGCUGAGACCGAGAAGGCAGCACUGAAAGAGAUAGUACCCUUGCUGGAGAAGAGGCCGAACGAUGUUGGUCUGAUUCUCACAAUUGCAACCCUCUACAUCAUCACGAACAACUACGCCGCAGCCACCUAUCUUCUGGAGUCAUUCUUCAAGCGUCUCGAGCAGAGCGGCUCCGCGUCAGACCUCGAUGUGCGGUUUGCACCAGGCCUGAUUGCAUCGCUUGUCUCGCUCUACACGCAACAAGGGCGCCCAGGAGCAGCAAAGUCCGAACUAGCGAAAGCUGCAGAGUACUGGAGAACACCGCACAAGUCGAAAACAGAGGCACCUUCCAAGUCUCUCAUGGUCGCAGCCGGCACGGCACUGCUCGACACACACGACUCCGAGAACGCGAAGGCGGCUGGUGCCAUCUUCCAGAGCCUCUACGAACAAGAUGACGAAGACCGCGCCGCCAUCGCCGGUCUCGUCGCCGCACAAAGCAUCUACGACCCCUCCUCCAUCCCCACCGACCUCCUCGCCUACCUUCCCGAAGCCAAUCGCCUUGUCGCCGACAUUGAUGCCGCCGCCCUCGAGAAUGCCGGCGUACCCACCACCACCACUCUCGUCUCCGAGGCACGCAAGCGCAGCAUCGCACCUACAAAAGCCAUUGCGCCGCGUUCGAAGCGGUUACGCAAGGUCCGUAUACCGAAGGACUUCGAUCCGAAUAAGAAGAUCGAUGCCGAGAGGUGGCUGCCGAUGCGCGAUCGCACGUACUACAGGCCGAAGGGCAAGAAGGGGAAGAAGAGGGCGGAGGGACUGACGCAGGGUGGGCCGGUUGCAGAGGAGAAGAAGGUGGAGGCGAAGAAGGACCAGGGGAAGGCGCAGAAGAAGAAGGGUAAGGGUAAGAAGUAAGAUGCUUGUAAGAGAG